CAAGCGACGACGUCUCCAAUCAUUUCAAUAUUCAGAGAAGAAGAAGAAGGAAGAAAACCCAUCCUGUUUGUGAAAUAACAUCCAUGGAUCCGCGAACCCACAACCAGUCUAGUGGCGAUGCCAAGGCCGGCGACCACCCGGCGCCGUCUAGGUCCGAGUUAUUGUCCAGCGCGAAGCUUGUAGCGGACGCCGCCAGAGCCAAGUUUAGCCACGAGCAGAGCAAGGCGGACAAGGCGGAGCUCUCUGCUGCCGCGGCGGAUCUCCUCAACGCGGCGUCCCAUUACGGGAAGCUGGAGGAGAAGUCAUAUGGGAAAUACGUUGAGAAAGCCGAGAACUAUCUCCACAAAUACAGCACCUCCCAUUCCCCCACCGCCGCCGCGGCAGCAUCGGACCACCAUUCUGCCUCCGCCCAGCAAGGCCAUUCUUCCGGGAAUUCCGGUGGUGGAUACGGCGAGUAUAUGAAGAUGGCCGAAGGGGUCUUCAAGAAACAUUCAGCUCAUGAUUCCACCACCCCGGAAGCGCCGGACCACCAUUCCUCCGCUGCCGGAGGAGCUCAUUCAUCCGGGCACUCCGGCGGAGGAGGCGGCGGGUACGGAGAGUAUAUAAAGAUGGCCGAGGGCAUCUUCAAUAAACAUUCAGCUACGGAUUCCACCACCACCACCACAAGCCAUUCUGAAAAUAAAUACGGAGAAUAUGCUAAGAUGGCCGGAGAUUUCUUGAAGAAACAUUGAUUUGGUACUCAUUUCACCUUCUUGUAUUACUAUAAUUAAGGUGUCAAGAGGAUAGAUGUGUUUAUAAGUUCUUUGGGCAUAAUUUCUCUUUAAUGUUGUCAUAAAUUACAUUAGAAACCUUGUAAGGGUGUAAUAAGCCUCACGGAGCAUUUCCUAAUUUAUUGUGAUGUCUAGAAUGUGAUCUAUGUCUUUUUUUAGUUAAUAAAAAUUCUACAAAAGAUUGUUCUUUCUUGAACAAAUUCAAUGUGUUAAGGUUUGUAGCUUCAUCAUCAAACUUCAACUUUACAGUUCAAUGGAGAUGGUA